AUGUCUUUUGGGAAGACCGUUGGCGUUGCUUGCGCGUCUUUCGCUGUCACAAACAUCGACGACUUGUUCGUUCUCGUUACGUUCAUGACUGAAGCCGCCAGUUCCACCGUCGUAACGCCUCUCAGAGUCGUUAUUGGGCAGUGCCUUGGUUUCACAGUCAUCGUUGCCCUCAGCUUGAUCGGCUGGGGUCUCUCCUUCGGCAUCCCUGUAGAACCAAUUGGCUUCUUGGGACUUCUUCCCCUCACAUUGGGCAUAUGGAAAGGCGCCGGCCUUUUUACAGCAGAUGAAGAGCCUGAUACUUCUGACAGCUAUGGGAUAAAAAGCGUGCUCAAAAUCGCAGCCAUCACCAUCGCCAACGGCGCGGACAACAUCGGGGCCUAUGUGCCCCUCUUCUCCCAAGCCAAAGGGGCCCAAAUUGCCAUCUACAUCGUCACUUACUACAUCUUCCUAGGGAUCUGGUGUCUGGCCGCAUUCCUCCUCAUCAAGGAGCGCCACAUCCUCGCCGUCCUCCAACGUUACUCGCCGUAUUUUAUUCCGCUCCUCUAUAUCGGCCUGGGUAUAUUCAUCAUUGUCAAUUCCGACUGCUACCCUUGGUCCAUCGAACAGAUCGAUUUGCAUGUCCCUUCACAUCCUGGAAAAAUCAUAAUGGGCGUCGUGACAGCCGUCCUUCUGGCCUCCGCCAUCGGCGUCAUACUGUGGGUUAGAUUCUUCCGGCGUAAGUCGUCGAACGCGGACGACCAGUCGUCUAUUGCUGAGCAAGGGAUUGAGGGCGGAGAGGCUGAUACAGUACAGGUGGAUAAGGACAAGAGCGCGACGGAGACGAAGGCUCUUGAAACUAGUACACAGCAGGAAAAAGGUGAACAACAGUUGCCCGCCUCGCGGAACUUGGUUGGCUCGUGA